AUGGAUGACAAAAUAUGUAGAAAUUUCUUUGCUAUAAGGAACACGAUUUCCGAUAAAUUGGACAAGAAUGGAAACUAUCAACUUAUUAUUGAAAAUAAUUUAAAAGGGUAUUGUGGUGGUAAUAGGUGUGCUAAUGAUCUUGAAAAAAUUAAUGCUGGAUGUUUAUAUUUGUUUGAUGCAUUCUUUGAGAGUUCUUCUGUGUUUAAUUCUGUUGCAAACGGUAACAUCAAUAUUGUUGAUUAUAUUAUCAUAUGGUUAAGUUAUAUGCUAAACCUAAAGCCCCAAGUAGGAAAAACAAGCAAUCUACAAUAUUUUUAUAAUACAUAUGUAAAAGGUGGUGAUAUGUAUAAAAAGUCUAUAGCGAAUGUUAUGGAAUAUAGUAAUUAUAAGAAUCUUAUAGAUAAAAAAAAUGAUUUGAUAAAUAUGGAUAUUAAAGAUAUAUCUAAAUUAUAUGAUGUAUUUAGUAGAUUAUGUAAUAUGUAUGUUGAAAUUAAUGAAGAAAAUCCCAAAUGCGAGGAUUAUUUAAAAAAAGCUAAUGAAUUUGUUGAAAGAUAUAAAAAACUUAUAGGAGAUUCUAAUAUUACCAAAAACAGUUCAUGUCGUCAAAUUUUGGUUAAUUUAUCAAAUGAUUAUGAUAAUUUUAAAAAGAAAUGUAAUGAUAUUAAAUGCUCCAAUUCUUCAUCCUUCCCAACGAUAGAAAAAACAACAAAUUUUGCAGAAAGUAUUGAACAAAAGUCUGGACAAAUUUCUACUCAUAUUUCUGAAGUUGAAUCAUCAAGUUCGUCGAUAACAAGCAAAUUAUUUAUAGUUUUAUCAAUAUUUGGUGCAAUAGCAUUUUUUUUGGGAAUUUCUUAUAAGUAUUCAUUAUUUGGAUUUCGGAAACGAGCUCAAAAACAAUAUAUAAGAGAAAAAAUAAAAAAUAUAAAGAAGAGAAUGAAUCAAUAA